AUGGCGCAACACACCGACGCAGACGACCUCAAUCGUGCCAUCAGCCAGGACCGAGUCGAGGAGGCGGAACUGGCCAAGAGAGAUGAACCGACACAAUACCUAGAAGUGCACCAGGAGCCGAAGGGAUUGGGAAGGAGGAAGACUGAAGAUGGCACACGGCUCAGCAAGUUUGAGUCUACAGCAACGUCGGCCACCGAGGCAACUACCGCCACAGGCCAGCCCAAGUCCUGGGAACGGGAGAAGGCACCGUGGCACUACAGAAUAAAUCCGCUGCGGCGCGGGACUCCUCCUCCGCCCCCAGAGGAGCGGGCUGUCAGCAGGGAAUACAAUGCCGGAUUCCUGAGCCUUUUGACCUUUCAAUGGAUGAACCCGUUAAUGAGUAUUGGCUACAAGCGUCCGGUAGAGUUGAAUGAUAUCUGGCUGGUCAAUCCCGACAGAAGUUCGGCUACAAUGAUGGACCACCUGAUGCCCGCUUUCAAGCGCCGGGUGGCUCGAGGGGAACGCAAUCCUCUCAUUUGGGCGUUAUUCGACACCUUUAAAGGAGAGUUUUUGCUAGGUGGCGCAUGUUCGUUGUUCUCGUCAAUGCUCCAGGUCUUCUCACCAUUCACCACUCGCUAUCUUAUUCAAUUUGCCACCGAUGCCUGGAUCGCGGAUAAGACAGGUAGUAAGGCUCCGAACAUCGGACACGGCGUCGGUCUUGUCAUCGGCAUCACAUUCAUGCAAAUCUGUCAGUCAAUGUCUACCAAUCACUUCCUGUACCGUGGUAUGACAGUGGGUGGCCAGUCGAGGGCAGCACUCAUCAAUGCCAUAUUUGAAAAAUCACUAGUGAUCUCGGGGAGGGCGAAGGCUGGAGGGAAGGGUCCGGACGACGAGCCAACGCCGACUGGAUUUCUCGAGACAGAAGAUGAGAAGCAUGGCGACAAGGCUAACAAGAGGCCCUUUCUUGCUCGCACUAUAUCAAGACGACUCCACCCCAAAGGUGGUCCGAAGGUUACACCCGACAAGGCUGUGGGUGUUGCCGGUGAUGGCACAGGGUGGAACAACGGCAAGAUUGUGAAUUUGAUGAGCGUUGACACUUAUCGUGUGGACCAGGCAUCUGGCUUCUUCCACCUCAUAUGGACUUCCCCUCUCCAAGUCAUCGUUGUCCUGAUCGUGCUUUGCGUCAACCUGGGGUACAGUGCCCUGGCAGGAUACGCGCUCCUCGUGAUCAUGCUGCCUCUUUUGACUAUAGCCAUCAAAGCUCUCUUUGUGCGAAGGAAGAAGAUCAAUAAAAUCACCGACCAACGCGUGUCCUUGACGCAGGAAAUUUUGGGCUCGGUUCGCUUCGUCAAGUUCUUUGGCUGGGAGACGAGCUUCCUAAAUCGCCUGAAAGAAAUUCGAAAAAGAGAGGUCCGGGCUGUUCAGAUCCUUUUGUCUAUCCGGAAUGCGAUCAAUGCCAUCGCCAUGUCAAUGCCAGUAUUCGCUUCCAUGCUUGCCUUCAUUACCUACUCUCUAACUGACCACGGUCUUUCUCCUGCUCGGGUGUUCUCCUCCUUGGCUCUCUUCAAUUCCUUACGAAUGCCGCUCAACCUGUUGCCUCUGGCUUUGGGCCAGGUGACGGACGCACGGACCGCACUCCAUCGCAUCCAAGACUUCCUGUUGAGUGAGGAGCAAAAGGACGAGGUGAUAUGGGAUGAACACAUGGAAGACGCUGUUGAAAUCCAGCAUGCAUCCUUCACGUGGGAGCGCACUGCCACCCAAGACAAGGAUAGAACCGGGACUUUCCAGACCAAGGGCCAAAUAAUGGCUGCAAAGAAAGCCGCAAAGCAGAUGAAAAAAGCGCAGAAGAAGGCCGACAAGGCAGCCAAAAGAAACAAGCAAGGGCCCACCGAUUCGAAGGACGAUUUUUCUAGUGAGACAACACAAGCCGAACCUUUCAAGUUACAUGACAUAGACUUCACCGUGGGCAGAAACGAACUAUUGGCUGUUAUCGGAUCUGUCGGUUCGGGCAAGACUUCUCUGCUGGCCGCAUUGGCCGGUGAUAUGCGGAAAACGAGUGGCAAGGUGAAGAUGGCCUCCUCCCGUGCCUUCUGUCCACAGUACGCCUGGAUCCAGAACGCGACAUUAAAGGAGAACAUUUUGUUCGGAAAGCCCUACAAAUCUAAAUGGUACCGCGAUGUCAUUGAUGCUUGCGCUCUGAGACCCGAUCUUGAAAUCCUCCCGGCGGGCGAUCAAACCGAAAUAGGUGAACGAGGAAUCACUCUGUCGGGUGGUCAGAAACAAAGAUUGAAUAUCGCUCGUGCCAUUUACUUCGAUGCCGACAUUGUGCUCAUGGACGAUCCCCUAUCGGCGGUCGAUGCUCACGUUGGUCGGCACAUCAUGGACAAAGCAAUAUGUGGUCUCAUGAAAGAUAAGUGCAGGAUUCUUGCCACUCAUCAGCUCCAUGUGCUGUCCAGAUGUGAUCGCAUCAUCUGGAUGGAGGACGGCCGCAUACAAGCAAUCGAUACUUUCGACAACCUGAUGCAACAAAGUGUGGACUUUCAGAAGCUCAUGGCCACCACAGCACAAGAGGAUAUUACAUUGGCCAAAGUAGAGGACGAGGAAGAGGCCGAGGAAAAACCGCAAAAGAAGAUCAAGAAGCCGAAGCCGGCGGCACUGAUGCAGCAGGAGGAACGUGCAGUUAAGUCUGUCAGCUGGACGGUUUGGCGAGCUUACAUCAAAGCAUCUGGGUCGCCCUUCCUCUGGCCUCUGAUUUUCCUGUCUCUUAUUUUGUCCCAAGGCUCGAACAUUGUGACCAGUCUUUGGCUGAGCUGGUGGGUCAGUGAUAAGUUCGGAUUCUCAGAAGGAGCAUAUAUCGGAGCGUAUGCAUGUCUGGGGUUGUCCCAAGCCCUGUUGUUGUUCUCGUUUUCAACUAUCCUAUCGAUGAGCGGGACCAAUGCAAGCCGGGUCAUGCUGCAAAGAGCCAUGACGCGGGUUCUACGUGCUCCCAUGUCCUUCUUCGACACGACGCCUCUGGGCCGCAUCACCAAUCGCUUCUCGAAAGACGUCGAUUCCAUGGACACCAGCUUGACGGAUGCCAUGAGGAUGUAUUUCCUUACACUGGCUAUGAUCACUUCAGUAUUUGCACUGAUCAUUGCAUACUUCCAUUAUUUCGCAGUCGCCCUGGGUCCGCUGUUCGUUCUGUUCUUAUUUGCAGCCAGUUACUACCGAUCGUCGGCACGUGAGAUCAAAAGGCACGAGGCUGUCCUCCGAUCUACGGUUUUUGCCCGCUUUUCGGAAUCUAUCAGCGGCGUGGCAUCUAUUCGCGCUUAUGGGCUGCAAAAGUACUUCGUCUCGCGGGUGCGUGAUGCGAUCGACGACAUGGAUUCUGCAUAUUUCUUGACGUUCGCGAACCAGCGGUGGCUUUCGACCCGUCUUGAUGCUAUCGGCAAUACACUCGUCUUUGUAACAGGUAUCUUGGUUGUGACGGGUCGUUUCAAUGUCAAUCCUAGCAUCGCGGGGUUGGUCUUGUCAUAUAUUUUGGCCAUCGUGCAGAUGAUUCAGUUUACAGUGCGACAAUUGGCGGAGGUUGAAAACAACAUGAACGCCACCGAACGACUACAUUACUACGGCACCGAGUUGGAACAGGAAGCACCUCUGAAGCUCCAAGAGGUGCCAGACUCGUGGCCCGACAAAGGGGCGAUCUCGUUCAACAAAGUGGAACUGCGCUAUCGACCAGAAUUGCCACUUGUGCUGAAGGGACUGGACUUCCAAAUUGCUGGCGGCGAGAGAAUCGGGAUCGUGGGGCGCACGGGAGCUGGCAAGUCCUCCAUCAUGUCGGCGCUCUUUCGAUUGACCGAAUUGUCGGGAGGUCAGAUCAAGAUCGACGAUAUUGACAUCGCGUCUGUCGGUCUUUACGAUCUACGGUCGCGGUUGGCGAUUAUUCCUCAGGAUCCGACCUUGUUCCGAGGGACCAUCCGAUCGAACCUUGAUCCUUUCAAUGAACAUGACGAUCUUGAGUUAUGGGCAGCUCUUCGCAAAGCCUACCUUGUGGGCGAGGAGACGCCUUCUGACUCGACCGAGAAGGAUGCUCGACCUCAGACCACCGAAACUAGUGCCACGUCGACUUCCAAUGUGAACGCCUCGCCUGGCACGGGUCGCGUCCAGCUGGAUAGUCCGGUGGAGGAGGAAGGACUGAAUUUCUCAUUGGGCCAGAGGCAAUUGAUGGCGUUGGCUCGCGCUCUGGUUCGCAACUCGCGGAUCAUUGUCUGUGAUGAGGCGACGUCAUCGGUGGAUUUCGAGACGGAUGAGAAGAUUCAACGAACGAUGCGGACUGGAUUUGCCGGCAAGACGGUGCUUUGCAUUGCGCACCGACUGAAGACCAUUAUCAAUUACGAUCGGAUCUGUGUGAUGGACCAGGGACGCAUUGCCGAACUCGACACCCCUAUCAAUCUCUUUGAGGCGAAUGGCAUUUUCCGGAGCAUGUGCGACAAAAGUCAUAUUGUGCGAGAGGACUUUUUCCGGGAGACAUAG